AUGUCAUGUCUGCCUAUUGGCAAAGGCUUUGCUGAUGGGUUUGGAGGUUGGAUGAGGGCUCUCCUUCUCGUUCUGUCGCCGACAUGUCUGAUGGUAUUGAUGGGCUGGAAGAUGUCUUCAAGCUCCGUCGUCAUCCUACCAAAUCAGUUGGGUGCUCACGGAGGUGCCGUAGUUGACUUGCCGAUCAACAAGGGUGUUGCCAAUGGUUUUGGAGGUUGGAUGGGAGCUGUCCGCAUGAUUUGUCGUCAACUUGCCGAUCGGCAAGGUCGUUGUCACUAG